AUGGAUUUCAACAAAAAACGAGUUAAUUAUUCUAAUAAGUUCAUUAUUCGCGUGCAUAACUUACUUUUUUCAGCCUUUGGUAAAGAUUUUUGCUUAAGAAAUUUCUAUAAACUUACAAACAGCGAUUUUUUUCAACGUACUGAAUUACGUUCGGUCGAAAUCUGCGUUGAACGUUGUAUUGACAAUAUUGAAUACUGUAGAGCAAUUCUGUUUGUAAAAGAAAACAAUAAAGAUAGAGGUUCUUGCCAAUUAUAUCGUGUCAAUUCACUUUCGCCUAACGUUGAUAUUAUCAGAAACGAUCCAUUCGAAGCGACAAGUGUUUUAAUAGAAGUUCUAGAUAAAUGUAUAUCGAAUGAAACGGAGAGUUUUUUAAAUAAAAUUGAUCCGGAAUUGGCGCAGAAAUUCAUUGACUGGUCAAAAAACCUGAAUGCUGAUAAACCUGAAGAAAAUACCAGUAGCUUUUCAAAUAUUGAUAAUUGGGGUAGUGAAUUACCUCUGGAAAUGAGAUCCAGAUGGCACUACGAUCCAUACUUCGAAAAGAUUUCGAAGCAAAAAUAUAUCAUCCAAAUAGCCAAAGAAAUAAAUUUGAUUCGUAAUCCGAAAAAACUCAUAAAUGUAACGGAAAAAGCUGAACGGAUAAUUCAACCACCACUAAAUUUGAAUGCAAAAUUGGGUGAAGUUGAACGCGGUCAGUUAACUGCGCGUUCACAGUAUAUUGUACCACCGUUCCCUGAAAUUCCGACUCGUAACGUCGAGCAGCGUCAAUAUCUGAGCCCUAAUCCAAUUCAGCCUCAGAUUUCAUUUCGUGGAGUUCCUUUGCAGUGUAGAGGAGUGAAUUGUUACGCUCCAUCUGCUAUGGCAAUGAUGCAAUUCGACUCGCGACCCUGUGCAACAUAUUUAGGCCAUCCAUGCUCGCCUGCACCUAUGGUGCUCAGCAACCCAUGCGGCCCGAUUAUCAAUUGUCCAUCGCUUUAUCAAGGGCAAGCACAACCACAGCAAAAUCUGCCUUCUGUAAACAGUUACGUGAAGCCUGCAGAGCAAUUUCGUCCUUCAGUCAGCGUUUUUAGGCCAGAAAUAUCUACUAGCAGUCCAGCUUGGUCAGAAUGGACACUGAGUACACCGUGCAGUGUUACAUGUGGAAGAGGAUUUAUAGAAAUGAGACGGCACUGUGUGCAGCCAGGCCGGUGUGCUGGAGAAUCAUUGAAAAAAGAAAUAUGUGAAAGAAAUAUUUGUGAAGAUUGGUCGUUGUGGUCUCCAUGGUCACAAUGUUCGAAAAGUUGUGGUGGGGGAGAGCAAAAGAGAUCACGCAAAUGUUAUAAAGAUGGUGGUUGCGAUGGUCCUUCAAUGGAUGUCCAUAUCACUGCCUACAGUCGUGGUACUCAGCAGUCCAUGUGGCUCAUUAAAAUCGACUAUUCAAUAAUGGUUCAACCAUGUAAUACAGAAACUUGUCCGGAAUGGUCUGAGUGGGGAGAAUGGGGAAUAUGUUCGGUGACUUGUGGAAUAGGUGUACAAAAGCGUCAUAGAGAAUGCAAGGGCACCUUACAAUGUCCAGGAAUGUCGACAGAAAUAGAGCCAUGCGAGCAAAAGCCCUGUCCAGUAUGGCUAACCUGGCAAAGUUGGAGCGAAUGUAGCGUAACAUGUGGAGGAGGUGAAAAGUUCCGCACUCGAGACUGUGAUGGCGAUAAAUGUGAAGGUGAAUCUAAACAAAGCAUUCGUUGUAAUACUCAGCUUUGCCCUGAAUGGACAUCUUGGACUCAGUGGAGUGAGUGUACAGAGACAUGUGGGGAUGGAGGUACCAAAUUAAGGACCAGAUAUUUCACAAUUAUUAUAAUUCGCCUGUUUUCCGAAUCUGCUACUACAAUAACCUCAAAAGCAACCAGUGUGGUGGUGCAGGUCAAGAUCAAACUUUAUGUCGUUUACCAGUUUGCCCAGAAUGGAGUGAAUGGGAAUCGUGGUCCAAAUGCAGUGCUACCUGUGGCCACGGACAAGAAAUUAGGCAUGAUUAUUACUAAGGCGCAAAUGUCUACCAAAAGAUGCAUUUUGCAAAGGGGGUGA